GUGGGGGAGGAGUAGUCAGAGGGGAACGUGGGUUGAACGUUGCGACUUGGUGUGGCGCGCAAGCUGGAACCGGAGUUCGGGCCGGCCCGGUACGGAGAAGGGGAGUGCUCCGGGCAGGGUUCAUUGAAAAAUCCUUAGUGAUAUUGACAUGUUUCAAGUGACAUAAAUUAGCCAAAGACUCGGAAUGAUGGAUUCUCCGAAGAUUGGAAAUGGUUUGCCAGUGAUUGGACAAGGGCCUGAUAUAGGGAUAUCUUCACUCCCCAUGGUGGGGUAUUUGGGAAAAAAUUAUGAUUCAGCUAAAAUUAUCUCAGAUGGAUAUUGUCCUAUUUGUAGAGAGAAGGGAAAGUUAAAAGCCUUAAAGACUUACCGAAUUAGCUUUCAAGAAUCUAUCUUUUUGUGUGAGGAUCUGCAGUGCAUUUAUCCCUUGGGCUCUAAAUCACUUAGUAAUUUAAUUUCUCCUGAUUCAGAAGAUUGUCACACUCGAAAUAAGCUUCGAAAAAGAAAGAUCUUGGAAACCAGCUGUAAAGAUUUAUCUCUUUUAGCAAAUUCUAAAAAGAGUAGAACUCAUAUUUUUACUGAUGAUAAACAGAUUUUAAAUACUGAACAUAAUGGAGAAGUAUAUAAUGAAACCUCAUCAGAUUUAUUGCCUGGCAGAUGUCAAUGUAAUUCAAUUAGGACAGCUGAUUCCGUGGGACAGAAUGAGACUUCAGAAGCUGACAUUGUUGAUGUGGCUACUGAAGAUCCUGCUACAGCUAAUGUUUCUGGAACUGGGGCAAUUUGUUCUCAAAAUGAAGGAUGCACAUCUGAAUUUGAAACACCAUUGGAGAGAAGACGAUCACUUUGCCAGACUUCAUAUGUCCAGUGGAGAAAUGCUAAUGCUCUCUGCUGGUUAGAUUCUAUCCUGUCAGUUUUGGUGCACUUGGAAGCCUUGAAGAACACUGUGACUGAGUUCUGUUCUAAGGACUCUGUGUUUUGGCGGUUGUUUGAAAAAUAUGAUCAAGCAAAUGAGCUCCUGUACCCCAGUGAGUUAGAUGAAGUUAAAGAUGGGGAUUGUAAAAAACUUACUUCAGAAAUAUUUGCAGAGAUAGAGGCCUGUCUGAAUGAAGUCAGAGAUGAAAUUUUUACUAAACUUCAGCCCCAGCUUAGAUGCACACUAGGUGAACGAGAAAGUCCUGUGUUUGCAUUUCCUCUGCUCUUAAGAAUAGAAGCCCACAUUGAAAAGCUCUUCACAUAUUCUUUUUCAUGGGACUUUGAAUGCUCACAGUGUGGGCACCGAUACCAAAACAGGUGUGUGAAGAAUCUGGUCACGUUUACAAAUGUCAUCCCUGAGUGGCACCCACUUAAUGCUGCCCAUUUUGGCCCGUGCAACAGUUGCAACAGUAAAUCGCAAAUACGAAAAAUGGUAUUGGAAAAAGUGUCUUCCAUAUUCAUGCUGCACUUCGUAGAAGGCUUACCACGGAAUGACUUGCAGCACUAUGCAUUUCAUUUUGAAGGCUUUCUUUAUCAAGUAACAUCCGUAAUUCAGUACCAAGCAAAUGAUCAUUUCAUAGCAUGGAUUUUACAUGCUGAUGGCAGUUGGAUGGAAUAUGAUGACCUAAAGGGUUUAUGUGCUCUAAGGCACAAAAAGUUUGAAGUUUCUGCUUCAGAGAUACAUAUUGUUAUUUGGGAAAGAAAAACAUCUCAGUCAACAGAUGAAGAAGCUGCUUGCCCUGCACUUAAGAAGGCUAAUGAUCAGAGUGCUUCAGGGGAAGAGAGAGCAGCAUCUCCAGCACUGCCUUCUGUGGGCCAGGCUGCCUCCACAGGAACGUCCUCGGUCACUGUGCCCACGUCUGUGUCACUCGUUCCUCAUGCUCUUCCACAGGACAGAGCUGUGGCACAUGAAGAUUAUGUACUUGGAGAUUCAAAAGUUUUGGGUGACAGCAAUAUUUUACCUGUGACACUUGAAGGAUCUAUCUGGAAAACUGCCUCAGUUUUUCAGGUUACCACUGAAACAUUCCUACCAGAAAAUAGGCCUGUGGUAAAAAAUAUAGGGCUUAUCAAAACAAACACUUUGCAAUUGCAAGAAUCACCAGUGGAGUCUUCAGUGUUGGCUCCAUGUGGAAAAAAGCUUAGCCAAGCCCAGUCUGUGGAUUCAAGUUUCCCAUUGCAAUUUGUAAAUACAAACACGCAGUUGACCCUGCUGAAUACAGAAGAUGCAGUUCCUCAACCUGUGAAUAAUGCUCAUGGUCUUGUACAGGGAGUAAAGUCAGUGCAAAUUGAAAAGCACACUCAGUUAAAGCAAUCCUUUUUGUGGGAAAAUGAGAAAUUAAAACCAGAAUCACCUUCUGUAUCUCAGGUAUCUAAUUUGAAGAAAAAAGCCACAGCAGAUCCACAGACUGUGACAGCCAAAUCCUCACAGAAUCAGUCCCCAAAAGAAAAUCAGAAGAAACCCUUUGUGGGAAGUUGGGUUAAAGGCCUGCUAAGCAGGGGUGCUUCUUUUAUGCCAUCAUGUGUUUCAGUUCAUAAUAAAAUCACAAUAAGUGAUUUGCAGCCGUCAGUUAAAGGAGCAAGUAAUUUUGGUGGUUUUAAAACUAAAGGUGUGAAGCAGAAGGCCAGCCACACAUCGAAGAAAGCCCGUAGAUCUGCAGAUAAGCUUCCUGUCGGCAACCCUCCACCAGGUCUUCCACGGUCAGAGAACAAAGCUGCUCCUCCACAUGGAAGCGAAAGUGCUGCUUCAGAGCUUCCAAGGGAGCAAGACUGCGCCUCCCACAAAGCUGACCUCAGUCACUCUUCUCACGGAAGGGAAAAUGGACUUUCUUCAGCAAACCACACAGAUUCAGCUGUAGAUCAGAUUCAUAAGCUUCGUCUAAAACUUCUUAAAAAGCUAAAGGCUAAAAAGAAGAAGUUAGCUGCCCUCAAAGCUUCCCCUCAAAGCAGAACGCUUCCCAGUGAGAAUUUAGAAAAUGGGCUGCACUGUGAGUCUCCAAAUGAUUGUGAAUCAAUAGAAGACUUGUUAAAUGAAUUGCAGUAUCAAAUUGAUAUUGCAGAUGAUGAAUCUGGGUGUACCACUGCUUCUAGUGUUGCCUCAUAUAAUCAAAUGCAUGAAGAAAUUUUAGCAGAGUUACUGUCUCCAAGUAUUUCAACAGAACUCUCAGAAACCGGGGAGGCUGACUUUAUGUAUUUGGAAAUGGGAGACAACCACAUCCCCACUCCAGAACCUACUGAAUUAACUAAUAAUCCCCAGGACAUAAAUCUGAAAGAGGAGCAUAAUUAUUGCAGCCCCACCAAGAGGAAUCAGUGUGAAGUUCAUGCAGUCUCCCAAAUAGCAAUACCUGCAUUAAACUUGGAGAGCCCCGUGAAAGCUGCUAUCUUUGAUGAGUUUUUUCCUACUACAUUAACUUCUUCUGCAAAUGACACCUUGGAUUUAGCUCAUUUUGAUGAAUGUAUGUUUGAGAGUUAUUGAGUAUUUGUUAACUCUAAUAUUUAUUAUUGUUAGAAAAACUUAACUGCAUUUUUUGAUAGUGUUUCUACACUGUUGUAAUAACCGUGAAGGAAAUUUAAGCUGCUGAAAGUUUUACCUUUGGUCUUGCCCGUGAUGUAACCUGUUAUACAAAUUAAAAUAAUUAUUUUCUCAUUGA